CUUUAUAUAAGUCUCAUCUUCGUCCGUAUUAGCUCUGCAAAACACUUGUUUUCAUCGUUCUCUUUCUCUCUCUCUCUCUACAUCUCUCUUCAAAAAAAUGAAAAUGAAAAUUUCUCUUCCGUUGAUCUCAGCCAUUGCCAUAAUGCUAAUGCUCCUCCUUGCCACAGGGAUGGGUCCGGUCACGGUGGAGGCACGUAUGUGUGAAUCGAGUAGCCAAUUGUUCAAUGGGCCGUGUCUAAGCACAACCAAUUGCGCCAAUAUUUGCCACAAUGAAGGUUUUACAGAUGGUGACUGCCAAGGAUUCCGCCGUCGCUGCAUCUGCACCAGACCAUGUUGAUCGAUGAUCUAUUAUAUACAUAAUGAAUACGCUCAACAUAUAACAUUCUUAAUCAUCUUCUAUCAUUUUCCUGUU